UUAAGUUGCUACCGGUCUUGCAACCUGAGCAGUCUGUUUUUGGCAGUGUGCUGCUUUCUAUUUGUUUUAAGCAAAACACAUUUGACUCAGGUUACCCCUUUAGCAAUGGCUUUUUGGGAAGAGCUUCUCCUGCAACCUACAAGUACAGGCAUAUUGCUUGGUCUUGUGAUGAUGUUGCUGUUGAUUGUUUAUCUACUUUCUUCUGAUGCCAGCUCUCAGGAAGAAAACAAGGAGCCUCCGGGUCCUAAACCACUGCCUAUCCUGGGAAACAUGCUGCAGCUGAACCUCAAAAGACCCUACCUGACUCUAUGUGAAAUGUCAAAAAAAUAUGGAUCAAUAUUCACUGUGUAUCUUGGGUCUAAGAAAGUGGUUGUCUUGGCAGGAUAUCAAACCAUCAAACAAGCACUUGUAAACUAUGCAGAGGAAUUUGGAAACAGAGAUAUCAGUCCCAUUUUCUUUGACAUAAGCAAAGGACAUGGAAUUCUGUUUAGCAAUGGUGAAAACUGGAAAGAAAUGAGACGAUUUUCCCUCACCGCUCUUCGAGACUUUGGGAUGGGCAAAAAAGGGAGUGAGGAGAAAAUCAUAGAAGAAACACAUUAUUUGAGGGAAGUGUUUGAAGAAUUUCAAGGGAAACCAUUUGAUACUUCCCAGCCAUUAAAUUAUGCCACCUCCAAUGUCAUCUCAGCCAUUGUGUAUGGAAGCAGGUUUCAAUACAGUGACCCUCAGUUCAAAGAAAUGGUUAAUCGGGCCAAAGAGAACAUCAAGCUUAGUGGCUCACCUUCUAUACAGAUAUAUAAUAUGUUUCCCUGGCUUGGCUGCUGGAUAAAGGACUGGAAGCUCUCAAUGAAAAACUGUGAACAAAAUCUAAAGCAAGUAAAGGAGCUUGUGAACAAUUUGGAGGAGACACUAAAUCCUGAGGAAACCAGAGGCUUGGUUGACUCUUUUCUUAUACGCAAAAAGAAUGCAGAGAAAGCUGGAGAUGAAGACACUUUGUUUCAUGAACAGAAUCUCAUUAUAACAGUUGCCAACCUUUUUGCUGCUGGUACUGACACGACUAGCACAACACUGUGCUGGUGCCUUCUGUUAAUGGCCAAGUAUCCUCAGGUUCAGGAUCAUGUCCAGGAAGAGAUUGACAGAGUCAUUGGAGGUCGUCAGCCACUGGUGGAGGACAGAAAGAAUUUGCCUUACACAGAUGCAGUGAUCCAUGAAACUCAGAGACUAGCUAACAUAGUACCCAUGAAUCUCUCCCACACCACUAGUUGUGAUGUUAAAUUCCAAGGCUUCUUCAUCAAGAAGGGUACCUGUGUGGUUCCUCUCCUGACAUCUGUGUUGAGGGAUGAGAGUCAAUGGGAGAGUCCACAGACCUUUAAUCCAGCACAUUUCCUUGAUGAGCAAGGCCGAUUUGUUAAGAAGGAUGCCUUCAUGCCUUUUUCUGCAGGGCGCAGGGUGUGUCUGGGAGAGAGUCUGGCCAGGAUGGAGCUCUUCCUCUUCUUCACCUCCUUAAUGCAGCACUUCCGCUUCACUCCACCACCAGGGGUCUCUGAAGAUCAGCUGGACCUCACUCCAGCUGUGGGCUUCACAUUGAGCCCCUCUCCUCACAAGCUGUGUGCAGUUAGCCGUGCAUCACACAUAUAAUUUUAAGAGCCCAAAAUGUUCUUCAAAAUGUACUGAAAUGUGUAAAUAUACUUACAAUUUUAUGUCCUUAAACAUGCUAAAUAAUAUUAAUCUCAUACUUUGAUCAAGUGUUUGCAAAUAAACUUUGAAAGUAGAUACCACAAAUAAAAAUAAAUAAAAUUGUAAUUAUAUUACACAUAUAUACUGUGAAAUAUACUUUUAGUUAAAAUUUAGUUUAAUUAAAGAAAUACGCUUGUUAGAUACUUGUGUUCAAAUAUAUUGUAAAUUUUUACAAUGUAUGUGUUAAAAACAAGAAUGCUAGAAAUACACUUUUAACAUGGUACACAUUAGAAUACUUCAUGUAAGUAUACUCUUUAAAAAAGUGAAUUGUGAAAAGUAAAAAUAUAUUUAAGAAAAAAAGUCAAAUUAAAACAUUUUUGGCUUA